GGCGGCGCGCCGGGGCCACAGUGAGGGGGUGUGUUUGAACAAGAGACACAGAAAAGUUAGCGGUUGGAAAUCUUUUUCUGUUUUCUGACCCAGCAAGCAGCAUCCUUUCAAAAGAAGCAUCAUGGCCGACAAAGCACAGCAGCCUCCUCACCUGCACCUGGCCGAGGUCACCGCGUCCCAGUUCCUCGACAUUUGGAAACAUUUCGACUCCGACGGCAAUGGCUACAUCGAGGGGAAGGAGCUGGAGAACUUCUUCAAGGAGUUGGAGACGGCCCGGAGAGGAGCUGGGGUGGACCCGACAAACCCCAUAUUCAGAGAAAAGAUGAAGGAGUUCAUGCAGAACUUCGACAAGAACAAAGACGGACGAAUUGAGAUGUCAGAGCUGGCCCAGAUUCUCCCAACAGAAGAGAACUUCCUGCUCUGCUUCAGAGAGUUUGUCAGCUCCAGUGCUGAGUUCAUGGCGGCAUGGCGGCGAUACGAUACAGAUCGCAGCGGCUACAUUGAAGCGAAUGAAUUGAAGGGCUUCCUGUCAGACCUGCUGCAGAAGGCCAACAGACACUACGAUGACAAGAAGCUCCAGGAGUACACACAGACCAUACUCAGGAUGUUUGAUCUGAAUGGAGAUGGGAAGUUGGGCCUGUCAGAGAUGGCCAGGCUGCUCCCCGUUAAGGAGAAUUUCUUACUCAAAUUCCAGGGUGUCAAGUUGACCACUGAGCAGUUCAAUGCCAUCUUCGCCUUCUAUGACAAGGAUGGGAAUGGUUACAUUGAUGAGAUGGAGUUAGAUGCCCUGCUACGAGACCUUUACCAGACAAACAAGAAGGAGGAGGACGUGAAGAACCUGACGGGCUACAAGCAGAGCAUCAUGCGCCUGUCCGACGCAGGGAAGCUCUACCGCGGCGAGCUGGAAAUUGUCCUCUGCAGGGAGCCCAUUGUUUGACUCUUCCUCUUCGCUCUUGUUGUGUCCUUUUCUUUUUCUACCCGUCCUUUCUCUUCCAAGACCACGCCCGCGUCCAGCUGCCUGGCGACAUAUACCGGCCUGCAUGUGCCAGAUACCCCUCUCCUAUACCCCACCCGGCCCUAACGUUACAACAUCAGAACGAACAAGUGCACCGUCAGCACGUACAAAGGCGCUUCCUCCUCAAACCCUCAUUUUUCUACCACCUGACCUGUGUGAAACCUCUACAGUAGUUUUUCACCUUUAUAAGUCCUCACCCAUUUCCUUUACUAUUUCUGACCCUUUAAACAUCCCCGCCAUCCCCGCCAUCCCUGCCGUGCCUGACUUGCAACUCCUGACCAAAUGCCCAAAGACCUUUUGACCCGUUGAUAACCCUUGAACCUCGAACCUCUCCAUCCCCUCUAUCUUAAAACCUUAGAUACAAUAUAUAUAUAUAUAUAUAUAUAACAGACAACUGUGUUUGGAUUUAUCUAAUUUAUAGUCUGUGUUGGCCUCUUGGCCCUCCUGUUCCAUUGCCAUGAUAUCAUUUGAAAUUUUCAAUGUUUGUUUUUGGCUGCUAGUCGAUUGGAAAUAUUAAUAAAAUGUCUUAACAUAAA